CGGGAAUGCUUUAAGCCUUUUUAUUAGUCGACUUGGCGGGAAACAAUUGCGGCCGCUUCAUCAUAAUCCCGCCUUGCAGACUAAUAGUCAGAUUUACCUUCCAACACUGAAUCAAGCGUUGCCCGAAGCGUAGAAGAACCAGCAAAGAAAGACGAAGUGGAAACCAGAGAAAACUGAUCAAGGCAAUUUAUACAUUGGGAGUUUUCAGAAAUGGAUAGUUAUGGCGGCGGCGGGUACUUCGUCGAUGAGAACGCGGCGCAGGUGGAGAACGUUUUCUUGGAGUUUCUCAAAAGUUUCCGGUUGGAUGCCAACUCCAGAGAGCCGUACUAUGAAUCGGAGAUCGAAGCCAUGCGGCCUAAUGAGUCCAACACAAUGUUUAUUGACUUUUCCCACGUCAUGCGUUUUAACGACCUUCUUCAGAGAGCUAUAUCUGAUGAGUUUCUCAGGUUUGAGCCGUACUUAAAAAGUGCCUGCAAGAGAUUCGUGAUGGAACAGAAUCCCAGUUUCAUAACUGACGAUAACCCUAACAAGGAUAUCAAUGUUGCUUUUUACAAUCUUCCCUUAAUUAAGAGAUUGAGAGAAUUGACUACAUCAGAGAUAGGGAAACUGGUGGCUGUGACAGGAGUGGUUACUCGAACAAGUGAGGUUCGACCUGAGCUUUUACAGGGAACUUUCAAGUGCUUGGACUGUGCUGCUGUCAUUAAGAAUGUGGAACAACAAUUCAAAUACACAGAGCCUAUUGUCUGCAUGAAUGCUACAUGUACAAACACAGUAAGAUGGGCCUUGCUAAGACAAGACAGCAAAUUUGCUGACUGGCAGAGGGUUAGAAUGCAGGAGACCUCUAAGGAGAUACCUGCUGGUUCUCUUCCAAGGUCACUUGAUGUCGUUUUACGUCAUGAUAUUGUUGAACAAGCCAGGGCUGGAGACACGGUUAUAUUCACUGGUACUGUUGUGGUAAUACCAGACAUACUUUCCCUGGCCUCUCCAGGAGAGAGAGCCGAGUGCUGCAGGGAUGGUUCUCAGCAAAAGAAUGCAACUGCAGGCCAAGAAGGUGUUAGAGGGCUCCGUGCAUUGGGUGUGAGAGAUCUAUCCUACCGCCUGGCCUUUAUAGCCAAUUCAGUUCAGGUAUGUGAUGGUCGAAGAAAUAGUGAUGUUAGAAAUAGGAGAGAUGCUGAUGAGGACGACAAUCUACAAUUCACGGCAGAAGAGCUAGAUGAAAUUCAAAGAAUGAGGAAUACUCCUGAUUUUUUCAACAAGCUCGUAGAUAGUAUCGCUCCAAGUAUUUUUGGGCACCAAGAUAUCAAGCGAGCAAUCUUGCUAAUGCUUUUGGGUGGUGUACACAAGUUUACUCACGAAGGCAUUAAUUUGAGGGGAGAUAUUAAUGUGUGCAUUGUUGGUGAUCCUAGUUGUGCAAAAUCUCAAUUUCUCAAGUACACAUCGGAUCUGGUUCCCAGAUCUGUUUACACGUCUGGUAAGUCCUCAUCUGCAGCUGGGUUGACAGCAACAGUAGCCAAAGAGCCAGAGACAGGAGAGUUCUGUAUUGAGGCAGGUGCUCUAAUGCUUGCAGAUAAUGGUAUAUGCUGCAUUGAUGAGUUUGACAAGAUGGAUGUUAGAGAUCAGGUUGCCAUUCAUGAAGCAAUGGAGCAGCAAACAAUAAGCAUUACAAAAGCUGGUAUUCAAGCAACACUAAAUGCUCGAACAUCAAUUUUAGCUGCUGCCAACCCCACUGGAGGCCGGUAUGACAAGAGCAAACCUCUGAAGUAUAAUGUUGCACUCCCACCUGCAAUCCUGUCAAGGUUCGAUCUGGUGUAUGUUAUGAUUGAUGAUCCUGAUGAUCAGACAGAUUACCACAUCGCUCAUCAUAUUGUGAGACUUCAUCAGAGACGUGAGAGUGCUAUUGCCCCUGCGUUUUCUACUUCACAAUUGAAGCGUUACAUGGCGUACGCUAAGACUCUGAAACCUAAGCUCACACCAGAAGCCAGGAGAUUAUUGGUGGAAUCUUAUGUAACUCUUCGCCGAGGAGAUGCAGCUCCAGGGAGCCGAGUUGCUUAUCGCAUGACUGUAAGACAGCUGGAAGCUUUAAUAAGGCUUUCAGAGGCAAUUGCUCGAUGUUAUUUGGACCUUGAGGUUCAAUCACGUUAUGUUCGACUAGCAGUAAAACUCCUAAAGACAUCUAUUAUCAGUGUGGAGUCGAGUGAGAUUGAUUUGUCUGAGUUCCAAGACGAUAACCUGGAUGACAGUGUUCAUGAAAAUGGAAAUGAUUCUGCCGCCCAUGAAACUUGUCCAGAAGCCACUCCAGAACCACCUGCUGGGCAUGAAGAAAGUGAACCAGGCGAGGCAGGCAAGCAAGGAAAGAAACUUGUCAUUAGUGAUGAAUAUUUUCAGAGGGUGACCCGUGCCCUUGUCCUGAGAUUAAGACAGCAUGAAGAGACAGUGAUGAAAGAAGGGACUGGGUUAGCGGGAAUGAGGCAGCGGGAUCUCAUUCAGUGGUAUGUGAAUCAGCAAAAUGAGAAAAACAACUAUAGCUCCAUGGAAGAGGCAGCUGCUGAGCUCACAAAAGUGAAAGCCAUUAUAGAGAGUUUGGUACGAAGGGAAGGCCAUUUGAUAGUCGUGGAUGAAGGUACUCCAGCCGAUGAUGGUGAAACCGCUAAGAAAACAUCAAGAAAUGACCGCAUCUUAGCUGUAGCACCUAAUUAUGUUGUAGAAUGAUAGGGUCAACUGAUCAAGGAAGUAAUCUAUGUAUACUGCCCCUUCAAUAUUUUUCUCCAGUCACUGUUACAGUCUAACCAAAGCGAUAUAACAAUUGCUACUUCUUACUGUAUUGUUUCUUUAAUUUAAAGUGGCAAAUUUAAUGAGAAUCGCAUACCUCAUGUAGUCAGUGCUUCUAGCCUCCUAGGUUGUUUGUUAUAAACUUUGAUGACUCUUUUGGUAGUUUACACGUUGAAUUUUUGGAGGCUAAAUAAUUGCAUGCAAAAU